UGUUUUGUAGUUGUUUCAAGUUUAGUCAGUCUAGUUCAAGGAAAUGAUAUAAAUAUAUUCUUUAGUCUGUACUUGAAAAACCUGACCCCAGUGACAGAGCAUGCUACUUCUCUAUCUACUACACAAAGACUGAGUGCUUUUCUUACUUUUGGGGGGUCAGGCAGAGACUGAAGUAAUCUGGAUUUUUUGUUAUGGAAAGCUAGAAGUGAGUGGUAUUGAUAUAGAGGUCAUUGCAUUAACAAACCAGAACCAAUUUAUUUUUACUCCUCCAGCUCUUUUUGAAAUUGCUCACCACUCACAAUAAGCAGGUUCUGGCAUCUGGGUGUCUAUAGUGGCUUAUGAACUCAAUAGUCUGAAUAAGAUGACAAGGGAGAUUAAGGCAGUGUUCUGGUUUUUCACAUUUCUCUGGUUUUCUUGCCCUUCAAAUGGUUUGCUUUCUUCCAAAGGUGUAAACUUUGAAGUGCAAGCCUUAAUGGGCAUAAAAGCUUUUUUGGCUGACCCUCAUGGUGUUCUUGAUAAUUGGGAUGGUGAUGCUGUUGAUCCAUGCAGUUGGACAAUGGUUACCUGUUCUUCUGAAAGCUUGGUCAUUGGCCUGGGAACUCCAAGCCAAAAAUUAUCUGGCAUUCUUUCCCCCAGCAUUGGCAAUUUAACAAAUCUUCAGAUCAUACUCUUACAAAACAAUAACAUAACCGGUCCGAUUCCAGCAGAGCUGGGGAGGCUUAGAAAGCUGCACACUCUUGAUCUUUCUGAUAAUCACUUCACCGGAGAAAUUCCCUUUACUCUGAGCCAUUUAAAAAGUCUACAAUACCUGAGGCUCAAUAACAACACACUGUCUGGAAAAAUUCCAGGAUCAUUGGCCAAUAUGACUCAGCUUACCUUUGUAGAUUUAUCUUUCAACAACUUAAGUGCCCCUGUACCGAGAUUUCCUUCUAAAGAAUUCAACAUUUUUGGGAACCCUCUUAUAUGUGCAACUGGCGCGGAGCCUGAAUGCUAUGGAACAACACUUAUGCCCAUGUCUAUGCCUUUGAAUAGGACAGAAACUGCUGCAUAUAUGAGAAGAGCCAAAAGCCACAAGCUUUCCAUUGCCAUAGGCUCUAGCGUUGGUUGCAUCUCUUUCCUCAUCUUGGGACUUGGGCUGCUGUUGUGGUGGAGGCAAAGGCAUAAUCAGCAAAAUUUCUUUGAUGUUAAAGAUAGGCAUCAUGAGGAAGUUUCUCUUGGAAAUUUAAAGAGGUUUCCCCUGAGGGAACUUCAAAUUGCUACCAACAAUUUUAGCAAUAAAAACAUAUUGGGAAAAGGGGGUUUCGGAAAUGUUUACAAGGGUUAUCUUCAAGAUGGCACUCCUGUGGCCGUUAAAAGACUAAAAGAUGGCAGCACAGCUGGGGGAGAAAGACAAUUCCAAACAGAAGUUGAGAUGAUCAGUUUAGCUGUGCACCGAAACCUCCUUGGACUUCAUGGAUUUUGUAUGACUUCCACUGAGAAACUCCUUGUAUAUCCAUUCAUGUCAAAUGGAAGUGUUGCUUCGCGUCUCAAAGCAAAACCAGUUCUUGAUUGGGGAGUAAGGAAAAGGAUCGCUUUAGGAGCUGCGAGGGGAUUACUGUACCUCCAUGAGCAAUGUGAUCCCAAGAUCAUUCAUAGAGAUGUUAAAGCAGCCAAUAUAUUGCUUGAUGACUAUUGUGAGGCAGUUGUAGGAGAUUUCGGAUUAGCAAAGCUUUUGAAUCAUCAGGAUUCCCAUGUGACAACAGCAGUAAGGGGCACCGUGGGGCACAUAGCCCCUGAAUAUCUCUCCACUGGCCAGUCCUCUGAGAAGACAGAUGUUUUUGGAUUCGGAAUUCUACUCCUUGAGCUAUUAACAGGACACAGAGCUCUAGAAUUUGGCAAGGCAGCUAAUCAGAAAGGAGCCAUAUUAGACUGGGUAAAAAAGAUUCAUCAAGAAAAGAAGCUAGAUAUACUAGUUGACAAGGAUUUGAAGAACAAUUACGACUUAAUCGAGCUAGAAGAAAUAGUGCAAGUGGCUCUCUUGUGCACUCAGUACUUGCCAGGCCACAGGCCGAAAAUGUCUGAAGUGGUACGAAUGCUUGAAGGUGAUGGACUAGUAGAAAGAUGGGAAACAUCCCAGAAAGUGGACUCAAGCAAAUACAGAACACAAGAACUGUCCUCAUCGGAGCGAUUUUCGGACCUCACCGACGACUCGAUAGUGAUUAAUGUCCAGGCCAUUGAACUGUCUGGCCCUAGAUGAUUUGAGUCUGUUGUUGGUUCAGGAGUUUGCUGGGAAUGUAGAAUUGUGAGAGGAAAAUAUAGUUUAAAAAGUUAUAAGUGGCGGGAAAAGUCCUAAAAUGCCAAUCGUAAUUUUAUAUAGGUGCAGGCUUUGAUGGUAUCUGUUUAAUGUACAGAUUUGUAUUCCAGGAAUUGAAUUGAAUUAAAUUAAAUAGAGGUAAU